GGUUGGCGGCGAAUUUGAUAUGGAACUGAAUUUCGUCAUCCAAGAUGCACAAAAUAUACGUCAUAUGUUAGAACUUCUCGACCAUUGUCCCCCUAAUUUGCAGGCGGAGAUAUGGAGCGUGUUCAUUGCCAUUUUGAGGAAGAGCGUCCGCAACCUGCAAGCGUGUACAGAUGUUGGACUCAUAGAACACGUUCUCAAGAGAUUGAGGACGGCGGAUGUGGUUGUGGCAGAUUUGCUCAUCGAAAUGCUUGGCGUAUUGGCGAGCUAUAGCAUCACUGUCAAAGAACUGAAGCUUUUAUUCGGCGCCAUGAAAGCCGUUACGGGAAAAUGGCCACGUCAUUCCGCCAAACUGCUGAAUGUUUUGAGACAAAUGCCACAGCGAUCAGGACCUGACGUUUUCUUCAGUUUUCCAGGAAGAAAAGGAUCGGCAAUUGUUCUUCCACCUCUAGCAAAAUGGCCAUAUGAAAAUGGGUUCACUUUCACCACGUGGUUUCGCCUGGAUCCUAUCAAUUCUGUGAAUAUUGAGAGGGAAAAACCGUAUUUGUAUUGUUUCAAAACCAGCAAAGGCGUAGGAUACACUGCACAUUUUGUCGGAAAUUGUUUAGUACUGACAUCAAUGAAAAUAAAGGGCAAGGGCUUCCAACACUGCGUCAAGUACGAAUUCCAACCGAGAAAGUGGUACAUGCUGGCUGUCGUUUAUAUUUACAACAGGUGGACGAAAAGCGAAAUCAAAUGUUUGGUUAAUGGUCAAUUAGCGUCGAGCACGGAAAUGGCUUGGUUCGUUUCAACAAAUGACGUGUUCGAUAAAUGUUAUAUUGGAGCAACGCCAGAACUGGAUGAAGAACGGGUAUUUUGCGGACAAAUGUCAGCAAUUUAUCUUUUCAGCGAAGCCCUGACCACACAUCAAAUAUGCGCGAUGCAUAGGCUAGGUCCCGGAUACAAAAGUCAAUUUAGGUUUGAUAACGAAUGCAACAUAAAUCUGCCAGACAAUCACAAAAGGGUCUUAUAUGACGGCAAGCUGUCUAGUGCCAUCGUGUUCAUGUAUAAUCCAGUAGCAACAGACACUCAACUAUGUCUGCAAUCGGCGCCGAGAGGAAAUAUGUCUUUCUUUGUCCACACGCCCCAUGCUCUCAUGUUGCAAGACGUGAAAGCUGUGAUAACACACUCCAUCCAUAGCACUUUGAAUUCCGUAGGAGGGAUUCAAGUUUUGUUUCCCCUAUUUUCUCAACUAGACCUGCCUUACGAAUCCAAUGGUUCAUCGGACAUCAGAAGGGAUCCUACUUUAUGCUCAAAACUCCUGGGAUUCAUUUGUGAACUAGUGGAAACUUCUCAAACUGUACAGCAACACAUGAUACAGAACCGAGGAUUCCUAGUUAUUAGUUUCAUGCUGCAGAGAUCGUCAAGAGACCACUUGACGAUAGACGUUUUAGGAUCGUUUCUCAGCUUGACGAAGUACCUUGUUACUUGUUUGAGUGCCAAUAGCGAGUUACUACUUAAACAGCUGCUAGACCAUGUCCUCUUCAACCCGGCGCUCUGGAUUUACACUCCUGCCUGCGUUCAGACGAGACUUUAUUCUUAUCUGGCGACGGAAUUUUUGUCCGACACCCAAAUCUACUCUAACGUGAGGAGGGUGUCGACGGUUCUCCAGACGGUGCACACGCUCAAAUACUACUACUGGGUCGUCAAUCCUAGAUCCAAGAGCGGAAUUUCUCCCAAAGGAUUAGAUGGUCCAAGACCAGCCCAUAAAGAUAUCCUCGGCAUUCGCUCCUACAUACUCCUCUUCCUCAAACAACUCAUCAUGGUUGGCAACGGCGUCAAAGAUGACGAGCUGCAGAGUAUUCUCAACUACUUGACGACUAUCCACGAAGAUGACAACCUGCACGACGUCCUGCAGAUGUUGAUCUCGCUGAUGUCAGAACACCCUUCGUCGAUGGUGCCCGCUUUCGACGCUAAAUGCGGUGUCAGGACGAUAUUCAAACUGCUCGCCUCCGAGAGUCAGCUCAUCAGGUUGCAGGCCCUCAAAUUGCUCGGAUUCUUUUUGAGCCGCAGCACACAUAAAAGAAAAUACGACGUUAUGAGUCCGCAUAACCUGUACACUUUGCUGGCUGAGAGGUUGCUGCUCAACGAGGAUACUCUAUCUCUGCCUACUUACAACGUCCUCUACGAGAUUAUGACGGAGCAUAUUAGUCAGCAGAUCCUGUACACUAGGCAUCCAGAGCCUGAGUCUCAUUUCAGGUUGGAGAAUCCAAUGGUGCUCAAAGUGGUUGCAACUCUAGUAAGGCAAUCGAAGCAAACCGACCAACUUCUGGAUGUAAAAAAGUUGUUUUUAUCAGACAUGACCCUUUUGUGUAACAACAACAGAGAAAACAGAAGAACGGUAUUGCAGAUGUCCGUCUGGCAAGAAUGGCUCAUUGCUAUGGCUUACAUCCAUCCUAAGAAUACAGAGGAGCAAAAGCUUUCGGAUAUGGUGUAUUCUCUUUUCCGGAUGCUGCUACACCAUGCGAUCAAAUACGAAUAUGGCGGAUGGAGAGUUUGGGUCGAUACUCUGGCUAUUGUUCAUUCAAAAGUAUCAUAUGAAGAAUUCAAGUUGCAAUUUGCACAAAUGUACGAGCACUACGAAAUGCACAGGGCCGACAACAUAACAGAUCCCCUACUGAGGCAACAACACCCGAUCAGCACCAUCUCCGGUUGGCAUGAUACUGCUCAGAACAUCCCGAACGGGUGUCACCCAGACAACGAAAGGUGGCAAAACUCUCGUGCGUCUCUUCAGGAAAUUGAGCUCAACGAAAACGACAAAUCGGAGCAGGUGUGUAGCUGCGAUUAUAACUCUACCCUGUCGGACGGUAGUCCGGUGUCGUACGUUGCUAAGCACGAAGACAGUGAAGUGGUUUCUCUAGACUCGAGAACUAGUGAUCUGUUCAGUGACGGCAAGAUCAGUAAAGAGUCCCCUUACUCUCAGGACUCCCCGCUGAAGUCUCAGACAGCCGAAGACAAUAUGGACGUCACCGCCGACUCUCCCGUCUGCAACGGCAUGCACACAGAGAGCAGCCCGAGCUUCGGCAGCCCGCUCAAAGUCAAUUCUGAUCGCGCCGAGGUCAUCGAAGAGAUCAUGCAAGAGAUCUUGUCGAAAUCGGAAAAACUGCUGGAAGACCGCGUCAAUAUUUGCUCAUCAGACUCCAGGACGAUCUCGCCGGUCGUUCAGGACCAAGAAAUAGCUCAAGCAGUCAAAGAGGUUGUGAAUAAUGUACCAGAAGUAGAUAGGGGGAAGACUCCAGUAGAACUCGUAGGCGACGGUGUGGUGGAAGAAUCGCCGGAAGUGCCUGCACAUGAAAGUCGAGUAACAAGCGCGGACAUAGAAUUAUCGAGUCCCGACACGGAUGUUUCAAGUCCGAUGAAGACAGUGUCCAGUCCCGAACGAGAGGUACCAGAUAGCGAUCUGUCUGAAAGGUAUCUCACUCCAACAGAAGAAAUAAUGGAAAGGCGAGAUGACGAUAUUGAGUCGUUGGCAAAGACUGACGUUUGUGAUAAGGAGCACAUUAGGACAAUUCAAAGUGCUGCGAAGGAAAGAGGAGAUGAGAAAACAAACUCUGAACCUACGGAUUUUGAUGCAGUUGCUGUGCCUGAAGAGGGUCAGGGUGACGUCAGCGACAAAGUGAACAUUAGUAAUACUGAAACUGUUUAUAAAAAUUCUGAAGCUGUGCCAAUUGUUGAAAAUAGUGCUGUGUCUGUAGAAUUAGAGCCGUCCAAAAAUGAUUCUAGUCUAAGUGAAACAAACAUUCAACCUAAAAGUGAUAACGAUUCUAAAUUAGAUAAAGAGGGCGCUAUCGACAGUGAAGCUGAAGUGCCUCCGGUUGAAAAUAUAUCAACAAUUUCACAAUUCUGUGAUCCUAGUCAUUACGAUACUGUUGCUGAUACCGACAGUGAUGUUAUUGUUAAAAAUGUUGGUGUCAGUACAGACUGCAUCGCCACCAAUUCGACUGAAGUGUCUCCCAAACCUUCCGAGGGUGCUAUCAAGAGGAGGGUGAGUCUACCGACGAACCAUCUGGAGAGCCAAAGCAAUGAUUUCGUCAUGGAAACUACUAAUCAUUCCAUUUCACCUCAGAGGAGGCCAAGAAGUGCUAGUACUUCUACUCAGGUGGAUCCCAAUCUUUUUGAAACAAAACCUUCCAAAUCUGGAUCAUCCAGACCGAUGUUCAGCCCAGGUCCAACAAGACCACCUUUCAGGAUACCAGAGUUCAAAUGGUCUUACAUCCAUCAGCGAUUGUUAUCAGACGUUUUGUUUUCCUUGGAAACAGAUAUUCAGGUGUGGAGGAGUCAUUCGACGAAGUCAGUUCUGGAUUUUGUCAACAGCAGUGAUAACGCAAUUUUUGUUGUCAACACCGUUCACCUGAUAUCUCAGUUAGCUGACAAUUUGAUCAUUGCAUGCGGUGGCCUUUUACCUCUUCUGGCUUCAGCUACGUCACCAAACAGUGAACUUGAUGUUAUCGAACCUACUCAAGGCAUGCCUAUCGAAGUGGCUGUGAGUUUUCUUCAGAGGCUGGUGAAUAUGGCAGACGUUCUCAUUUUCGCGAGUUCGUUGAAUUUCAGCGAAUUAGAAGCAGAAAAGAACAUGUCAAGUGGCGGGAUCCUCAGACAGUGUCUAAGAUUGGUUUGCACUUGUGCAGUUCGCAACUGUUUGGAGUGCAAAGAAAGAAGUCGGCCACACCACACUAUUGCACCCAACUCACUGAAUGCUAAUCACAAGGCGGCUCACUUGCAGUCAUUCAUAAGAGGUGUUCAGAAUUCUCCGAAGAACAUAGCUGACAAUAUGUCAAAUAGCUCCAACCCAGUGAAAGAUCCAGAAAAACUCCUCCAAGACAUGGACGUCAACAGACUCAGGGCCGUUAUAUACAGAGAUGUGGAGGAGACAAAACAGGCCCAGUUCUUGUCUCUCGCCAUUGUCUAUUUUAUUUCGGUGCUGAUGGUAUCUAAAUAUAGGGACAUUUUGGAGCCCCCUGUAUCGAUGAGGGUGCCUAGUCCUGUACAAGUGGUCCGUAAUAACGGCACGUCCUCACAUAAUUCUGGCAGUCCUCAAGCGACAAGAUCAUUUCAAGGGCACGAAGACAACGAGUAUGAUAUAAUAACAGCUUAUGUAGAAGACAGCAAUUCUUUACAUCAAGAGAAUGAACUGCAUUCUGGACCAGCAUCCAUCAAGGUAAACGCCAGGCAGCGUCCUUCUCUGGCUCAUGGGUUCUCUGUUAAUUACUCUUUGGAUGGAAUUAGGCAUGCGAGAGGUUGUGACAGUGCUCGUGUUAAGCAGAGCACAGAUUCCAUAGAAGAGCUGAACUCUGUACAUUCCGCCGAAACAAACAACCUAGGAUCGAACAGCGAAUUGCCGCUAGACGAUAACGACAAAGUGAACGCCGAUGAAAACUGGACGGACAUCAAUCUAAAUGAAGAUGGCGACACCAAAGAAGAAGAAAGAAAUAUCCAGAAUAUGUCACAUUCCCACUCAGCAUUGGACAUGGAAGGCAAUCUAGCUUCAGAAAGGGGAGAGAAGCACCAUCCAGAAAUUUCAGUGGUGAGAGUUCCAGACGGAGUUAUCCAAGCCCCAGCUCAAAUGAGGCCUGACGACUUACCAGUGAACAACUUGGUGGACCACAUAUCUAUACCAACGCCGUCUAGGGAAGCUUCUCUGACGCAGAAGUUGGAAAUGGCUCUGGGGUCUGUUUGUCCCUUGCUCAGAGAGAUUAUGGUGGACUUUGCACCGUUCCUAUCUAAAACCCUUGUGGGUUCCCACGGCCAAGAAUUGUUGAUGGAGGGAAAAGGUCUUACCACGUUCAAAAAUAGCAACUCCGUAGUGGAACUGGUGAUGUUACUUUGUUCUCAGGAAUGGCAGAAUUCUCUUCAGAAACAUGCGGGUCUAGCAUUCAUCGAACUCAUAAAUGAGGGGAGGCUGUUGUCUCAUGCGAUGAAGGAUCACAUCGUACGCGUUGCGAAUGAGGCGGAGUUCAUUUUGAACAGGAUGAGAGCCGAUGAUGUUCUGAAACAUGCCGAUUUUGAGUCCCAGUGUGCUCAAACCUUAUUAGAUCGCAAAGAAGAGGAAAGAAUGUGCGACCAUUUGAUAACAUCCGCCAGAAGAAGGGACAACGUUACGGCUAGCAGGCUCCUUGAGAAAGUUCGUAACAUUAUGUCCAACAAACACGGCGCAUGGGGAUACAUGGACUCCUCAGAACCUAGAUUGAACGAGUUCUGGAAACUGGACGCUUGGGAGGACGACGCCAGAAGAAGAAAGCGAUUCGUACACAACCCGUUGGGCACGACUCACCCUGAGGCAAGUCUCAAAGCAGCAAUCGAACACGGAGCUCCCGAAGAUGCGAUUUUGCAGGCCCGCGAAGAGUUCCACGCCCAUCUGGCUGCUACCAGAGGUCAACAACAACAGAUGCAAAAUGACCUGAUGGAUGAUAAUGAACUCCUUGCAGAAGACAGAGAAUUAGAUACAGAUCUCAGUGGUCCUGUUAACAUAAGCACGAAAGCGAAACUCAUUGCACCAGGAUUAGUAGCGCCAGGAAUGGUAUCGAUUACUUCUGCAGAGCUGUACUUUGAGGUGGACGAAGACGACGAAGAGUUCAAGAAGAUUGACAGUGAG